GGGCGCCGGCUCCCCAUGGAGGCGCCCGAGCUGGGCCCGGGGCUGGUGGAGCGUCUGGAGCAGCUGGCGACGUGCCCGCUGUGCGGGGGCCCCUUCGAGGACCCAGUGCUCCUGGCGUGCGAGCACAGCUUCUGCCGCGCGUGCCUGGCCCGCCGCUGGGGGGCCCCGCCGGCGCCCGGCACCGAGGCGUCCCCCACCGCCUGCCCCUGCUGCGGCCGGCCGUGCCCCCGCCGCAGCCUGAGGUCCAACGUGCGGCUGGCGGUGGAGGUGCGCAUCAGCCGCGGGCUGCGGGAGAAGCUGGCCGAGCCCGGCGCCCGCACCGGGAGACGCCGAGGGGGCCGCAUCCCCACCAUGGGCUGCCUGGACCCGCAGGAGGAGGAUAUAAGGAAGACAUGGAGAAGAUUUGAUGCCCCAACACCCAAGACAUCUAACACAGAGGAUGAUCUCCCUGAAGAUUACCCAGUGGUCAAAAACAUGCUUCAUAGACUGACAGCCGACCUGACCCUGGACCCCGGCACCGCACACCGCCGCCUGCUCAUCUCCCCGGACCGCCGCAGUGUCAGCCUGGCGCCCCCAGGGACACCCGCGCCCCCUGACGGCCCCGCGCGCUUCGAUCAGCUGCCGGCGGUGCUGGGCGCGCAGGGCUUCCGGGCCGGCCGCCACUGCUGGGAGGUGGAGACGUCGGAGGCCGCCUCCUGUGGAAACUCGUCUGGGGAAGAGGAGGACGAUGGCGAGAGCCGUUACGCCGUGGGCGCGGCCGGGGAGUCGGUGCAACGCAAGGGCCGCGUGGGGCUGUGCCCCGCAGGGGCCGUGUGGGCCGUGGAGGGCCGCGGGGGCCGCCUGUGGGCGCUCACGGCGCCGGAGCCCACCCCGCUGGGCAACGCCGGGCCCCCACCGCGGCGCAUUCGCGUGGACUUGGACUGGGAGCGGGGCCGCGUGGCCUUCUACGACGGCCGCUCGCUGGACUUGCUGUUCGCCUUCCAGGCGCCCGGGCCCCUGGGGGAGCGCGUGUUCCCGCUACUGUGCACGCGCGACUCCCGCGCCCCGCUCCGCAUAGUGCCCGCGGAAGGUUGAUACUCAGCUGCCCCUCUCCGUUCCCACCCCCCAUCUGG